UCUUCCCCUGCGGCUACAUCACCGUUUCCCGUCCUUCUGGCAGCUUGCUCUUCACCACAACAUCACAUCUUUCUCAUCACUGCCUGUAUCAAAAGGCUUCUUCAUCUUUUCAUAUUUGCUGCGUCGUCUAGAUCCAUCCUUCGUUUUCCAUCCUCCGGCUUCAAGGUCUAGCAGUUCCUUCAGAUCCAAACACCGGUUUCCGGAGCAAUUAGUACCAUCGAUCUUGCCAUCUAGAUACACCUCACAACAGCCAUCAUGUCUGAUCAACCAGACCACUCUCAGCACAAACCGCACCACAAGGUGAACCUGAAUGAUGCCUCGGGCGCAGAGAAGAAAGAAGAGCUUGAUACCUCAACUGCGAUCCUCAAGAAGAAGAAGAAGCCAAACUCAUUGAUUGUCACGGACGCCACCAACGAUGACAACUCGAUUAUUGCUCUUUCCAACAAUACUAUGGAGACGUUACAGCUCUUUAGAGGAGAUACAGUGCUUGUCAAGGGCAAGAAGCGAAAAGACACCGUCCUUAUCGUCCUUGCCGAUGACGAUCUCGAUGAUGGAAGCGCUCGAAUCAACCGCGUGGUCCGUCACAACUUGAGAGUCAAGCACGGCGAUAUCAUCACCGUACACCCUUGCCCUGAUAUCAAAUAUGCCAAGCGAAUUGCCGUCCUUCCUAUUGCCGACACAAUCGAGGGUCUAACUGGAUCUCUCUUUGACGUCUUCCUUGCACCAUACUUCCGCGAAGCCUACCGUCCCGUCCGACAGGGAGAUCUCUUCACUGUCCGAGCGAGUAUGCGACAGGUGGAAUUCAAGGUCGUAGAGGUGGACCCUCCGGAAUAUGGUAUCGUGGCGCAAGAUACAGUCAUCCACUGCGAAGGCGAGCCUAUCCAGCGAGAAGAUGAGGAAGGCAACCUGAACGAGGUCGGCUACGAUGAUAUCGGUGGUUGCAGAAAACAAAUGGCCCAGAUCCGAGAACUCGUGGAACUGCCACUUAGACAUCCGCAGCUCUUCAAGUCUAUCGGUAUCAAGCCUCCCAGAGGUAUCCUCAUGUACGGUCCUCCUGGUACCGGUAAGACGUUGAUGGCUCGAGCCGUGGCCAACGAGACUGGUGCCUUCUUUUUCUUGAUCAACGGUCCCGAAAUCAUGUCAAAGAUGGCCGGUGAAUCAGAAUCCAACCUAAGAAAGGCAUUCGAGGAAGCGGAAAAGAACUCGCCCGCCAUCAUCUUCAUUGAUGAAAUCGACUCCAUUGCUCCCAAGCGAGAAAAGACCAACGGCGAAGUCGAGCGACGUGUCGUCUCGCAAUUGCUUACCCUAAUGGACGGUAUGAAGGCUCGUUCUAAUGUUGUCGUCAUGGCUGCCACCAAUCGACCCAACUCGAUUGACCCCGCGCUUAGACGUUUCGGUCGUUUCGAUCGCGAGGUCGACAUUGGUAUCCCUGACCCAACUGGGCGUCUCGAAAUUCUUCAGAUCCACACCAAGAACAUGAAGCUGGCUGAAGAUGUCGACCUUGAAUCCAUUGCAGCAGAGACUCAUGGUUAUGUUGGUUCGGAUAUUGCCUCUCUCUGCUCCGAAGCUGCCAUGCAACAGAUUCGUGAGAAGAUGGAUCUUAUCGAUCUUGAUGAAGACACGAUUGACGCUGAAGUUCUGGACUCGCUUGGUGUAACCAUGGAGAACUUCCGAUUCGCUCUUGGUGUUUCCAACCCCUCGGCUCUCCGCGAAGUCGCAGUUGUCGAAGUGCCCAAUGUCCGCUGGGACGACAUCGGUGGCCUCGAGGGUGUCAAGCGCGAACUCAUCGAAUCAGUCCAGUAUCCUGUCGACCAUCCAGAGAAAUUCCUCAAGUUUGGUCUGUCACCGUCCCGUGGUGUCCUGUUCUAUGGUCCACCGGGUACUGGUAAGACUAUGCUUGCCAAGGCUGUUGCCAACGAAUGCGCUGCAAACUUUAUCUCUGUCAAGGGUCCUGAGCUGUUGAGUAUGUGGUUCGGAGAGUCUGAAAGCAACAUCCGAGACAUCUUUGACAAGGCCCGAGCAGCUGCUCCUUGCGUUGUUUUCCUUGAUGAACUCGAUUCCAUUGCCAAGUCACGAGGUGGUUCAGUUGGCGACGCUGGUGGUGCUUCUGACCGUGUCGUCAACCAGCUUUUGACCGAGAUGGACGGCAUGACUUCUAAGAAGAAUGUUUUCGUCAUUGGCGCCACCAACAGACCCGAACAGCUCGACAAUGCUCUUUGCCGUCCUGGUCGUCUCGAUACCUUGGUUUAUGUGCCUCUGCCAGAUGAAGCCUCGCGUGCUUCCAUUCUGCGAGCUCAGCUUCGCAAGACCCCAGUUGCUCCAGAUGUCGAUAUCGACUACAUUGCCAGCAAGACCCACGGUUUCUCUGGUGCCGACUUGGGCUUCGUUACCCAACGUGCUGUCAAGCUGGCAAUCAAGCAGUCCAUUUCGGCUGAUAUCGAACGUCGAAAGGAGCGUGAAGCUGCUGGUGAAGACUCCAUGGACGAGGACAUGGAUGACCCCGUGCCAGAACUUACCAAGGCUCAUUUCGAAGAGGCCAUGCAAGCUGCUCGACGAUCAGUCAGUGACGUUGAGAUCCGCCGAUACGAAGCCUUUGCUCAAGCCAUGAAGCAGAGUGGUGGCAGUGCUUUCUUCAAGUUCCCAUCUGCUGAGGAGACUGCUGCAGCUGCCAACGGCAAUGGUUUCGGAGAGGCUGGCAACGACGAUAGCUUGUACGAUUAAGGCAUGAGUGCAACAUAGGGUAAUUGAUAACUGGUGCAGUAUCUGCAUGGCAAUGAAAGUGGAAGAAGGUUGGCGUUGCGAGUCACCAAGCUCGAGAUCUCUACGGAGUACCCAGGUGGCGAGGCAUGGCUCUAGCAUUUUGUUACAAAUGGGCCACCGACUUUGUUGUAUUCUAACUAGAGAAUCAAGUGAAUAAAAUAGAAUGGGUGAACACAGUAUGAAUAUUCCGUACUUUGCAAUAGCGUGUGAUGUUUUCUUGGAGGAUUUUGUAGUUUACAAUGCAUAAAGGCCAUCGAUGUAG